AUUUUCGCAGGCCACCACCACCAUGACGAUUCGGGCCUCCAAAUUCACGCCAAAAGUGCUUCUCGAGGCACCUCGGCGGUCUGAAGGCGCCCCGAAUUCCGGCGCGUCGCAGAUUCUGUAUUCGGUUUCGACGUACAGUUUCUCCGAGCACGCGAAGAAGGGUGAGAUUCGCAUCCUGGAUGUUGAAAGCCAACAGGCCAGCCUUGUCACGGAUGACAAGUCCUACAGCGAGCCUACGUGGCUUGAUGAUAAGGCGAUGCUGUUGCUGAAUUCAAAAGAUGAUGGCACUACCAACAUUGUCAUCGGGUCGCCACAUAACUUUGAAAAGAGUAAAUACACAGCUGGUACUAUCGAGGGUCCCGUAAGCGAUGUCAAGGUCUACUCGCUCGGUGAUGGCACAUAUGCACUCGCACUUGUUGGCAAAGCCAAGCCAGAUGGCACGCUCUUCAACCCAGAAAAAGUCAAGAAAUCGCAUACGUCAGGCAAACUAUACAAGUCUGGCUUCGUCCGUCAUUGGGACCACUAUGUGACUGAGAAUCGCAAUGCGAUAUGGCUUGGCAAGCUGACCCCGAAGAAGACGGAUAGUUCAGAGGCUCUUGAGUUGGAGCACCCACUGAAGAACGCAUUGAAGGGCACAUCGUUGGAAAGUCCUAUUGAGCCAUUCGGAGGCAAAGAUCACUUCGACAUCUCCAAGCAUGGCCUUGUCUUUACCUCAAAGGACCCUGAUCUCAACCCGGCCACCCAUACCAAGACAAAUAUUUACGUAUCCGCUUCUGAGGACUUUUGGGACAGAUUACAUUCGGAGAGCAUUCCUGAAAUCAAAAAGGCGACGAUCAAGGACUUUGAGGGCGCAAGUACCUCGCCAGUCUGGUCCAACUCUGGCAAGAUGAUCGCGUUUCUCUCCAUGAGGACUGACGGUUAUGAGUCCGACAAGAACCAAGCAUUUAUCAUCCACGAUUACAACAACCCAUCGGGUGCUAUUCUUCUCUAUGCCUCGGAGGACGGCAAGGGGAAGUGGGAUCGGAGUCCGCAAUCGAUCGCGUGGAGUCCCGACGACUGGCAGCUGUACUUCACGGCCGAGUCACACGGUCGCGGUAACCUAUACAGGAGUGGGCCUCCAAAGCCAGGUGGCGACAUGCAGCCUCUUCCAUCUCUGCUUGUGAAAGGCGGAACUAUCGGUGGUGCACAGGUUCUCAAGAGCGGUGACAUCUUUGUCACAUCAAAUAGCUUGAUCGAGAACUCUUUGUACUCGUUGGUACCGCUCGCUUCCCAUUCCAAAAGUACCGAAGUCUUCAAUCUUCCUACUGAAGACCGGCCGUACGACUCGGAUCCCGACCAUCUCACGACCAAGUAUAUUUCUUCCAACACACGAUCAGGCUCUAUGUUUGGGCUAUCGCGUCGUCAAAUCGACGAGAUCCACUGGGACGGCGCUGCGCCAGGUACCAAGGUGCAUGCUUGGGUCGUCAAGCCCAGCGACUUUUCGUCUGGGAAGACGUACCCACUCGCAUACCUCGUCCAUGGUGGACCACAAGGCGCAUGGACCGAUGGUUGGAGCACGCGGUGGAAUCCCGCCGUAUUUGCAGAGCAGGGCUACGUCGUUAUCUGUCCAAACCCUACAGGCAGCACAAGUUACGGCCAAGACUUUACCGAUGCCAUCCAAGGACAAUGGGGCGGUCUACCCUACCAAGAUCUCGAACUAGGAUUUGAGUAUAUCAAAUCUAACAUCAGCUAUGUCGAUACAGACCGUGCCGUUGCUCUCGGUGCUUCGUACGGCGGUUACAUGAUGAACUGGAUUCAAGGCCAUCCUCUUGGUCGCAAAUUCAAGGCUCUUGUAACUCACGAUGGUGUCUUCAGUAUGCACGGCCAGAUGGCCUCUGAAGAGCUCUACUUUCCCUUCCAUGAUCUCAAAGGCACACUCUGGAACAGCCCUGAGAGCUGGGCGAAGUGGGAUCCUAGCAAUUACACAAAGAAUUGGGCUACCCCACAGCUCGUGAUCCACAGUGAGCUGGAUUACAGACUGACAAUUAGUGAGGGGCUGGCAGCAUUCAAUGUCCUGCAGAGCAAGGGGAUAGAAAGCCAGUUCUUGACGUUCCCGGAUGAAAACCACUGGGUUCUAAAACCAGAGAACAGUUUGAUGUGGCACGAGGUUGUACUGGACUGGAUCAAUGAACAUGUGGGAUUGGAAAAGUACACGGAGAGUGAGAAGGCGACAAAGGAGGAAUGAGACUAGUCUGACCAUGAAUUCAUUCAUACAUGCACAAGGUGGCAUAUGAAAUCACAUAGUCUCAGCGUUGAUAUUCAAU